UCGCCCACGAGCUGAUGCUCGGCGUCGGUCUGCCCGGUCCCGGUGUGGGCUUGGUUGGCGGCAGCAUCGGCGGUGCGCUGGGUGGUGGUGGUGCCACAUCACCCACCACAUCUACCGCAUCGGCGGGUAUCGUUAGCUGCGGCAGUAGCGGUGGCCUAGCAAGCAGUAUUGGGAGUGGCAUACAGUUGGGCUCAGCUUGCAGUACACUACCGCACCCACCAUCUUCCGCCGCUGCAGCUGCCGUCGUAUCCAAUGCGUUGGCAGCUGCAUCGGCAACUUGCGGCGGAGUGGGUAGUGCAACGGCAAAUUUAAAUAGGAAUUUAGUGAUACUAAGAAACCAUUUGCGUAAAAAUACAAACACGGCGCCGACAGUGGCAGUGACGACAGCGUCCUCCCCUACUCCGACAACUCCGACUAAUAUGGGUAUAUUCAACGAUGUGACACCGACCAAUACCAAUAUUAAUACACUCAGCAGCACAAUCAGUAUCGGUAACACCAACACCAACAAUAUCAAUACAAAUCUGGAUAGAGAUCAAUAGCCCAACGGUAAAAAGGGUGAAUGUUACAAUGGAAUUUUUGAUUUGGUUUGUAAAUUAAGUUAUAUUAAUUAAAAGCAAAAAUGUUGUGUAAACAAUGGAUAGUAGAGAGUAACUUGAAAAUAAAUAUUUAUGUAUGUAUGUAAUUUUAUGAUUACUUAGCUAUACUCAUUUGAAUAUAUAGAUAUGUAUGUAAAUUACUGUGAUGAUGCGUUCUAAUGUGCUUCAGUUCAAAUGUACAGUAAGUUAAAAUUUACACAAUAAAUUAAACAUAUGAAGACAUGAUCACAUACACACUUACACAUAUGCACAUUGUAUAAAAUUCAA